AUGAGAGCACACCUCCUCCAAUUGAUUUUGAGAAAAGUUUUACAGGAAGGCCUGAGGGUGUCCAAACAGAAACUUCCUUCAUUGAACUAUGGAGGUGAGAAUGAGAGGCUAUCAAGAAAUGGCUCUCAGGCUUCUGCAAGAAGUGCUACUGUUGAUGAGUGUAAAGCACAAAAUACCACAUUCACAACUGAUGACAAGAGUACUGAAUGCAGUACUUUAGAUGAAGGAACAGAGGAAAUGACUGAUACCCAAUGCAAUACUCAACUUGCUGAUCGUACGGUAGCCAAACCCUACUGUUGGUCCUUUUUCCCCGUCUUUCAUCCUUUUACCAACCGCAGGGGUCAGCUCUGCUCUGAGGAACGAGGAGGAAUUAUUGGAUCAACACCAAUGCCCCGAUCGGAUGGUGUCUCUUGGCUCGCAGAGAGAAUCCUUUCAAUUUCUGAGCAAAAUUGA